AUGAAUAGUAGCACCAACAACGACGACGGUGGUUUUGACACAAAUGGCUUCACAUAUGGCUUAGUAUUUGUAAUUGGGUUGAUCUUCUUGCUUCUCUCUGUAGCUUUUGCAUGCUUUCGCCUUCGCAUGUCUCGUGGCCCAAAUAUGCUAAAUAUUUUGGCUGGUUUUGCACCAUCUCAUGGAGAAAAUCGAGACCCAGUUGGGAUCAUGGAUCGAGGCCUUCAUCAAUAUCACAUUGAUACUAGUUUUGAAAGCUACCCAAAGUUACUUUUCUCUCAGAUAGAGAAAAAUAAAGGGGGUUCAAACAAUAUGAUUUCUUCUAGCUGCUCCAUCUGCUUAGGGGACUACAAAGAAAGUGACAUGUUGAGGUUACUUCCAGAUUGUGGCCAUCUUUUCCACCUUGAUUGUGUUGAUCCAUGGCUUAUGUUGCAUUCAACUUGUCCCAUAUGUAGAAAAUCUUCUGUUCAAGCUUCAAAUAGUGCCUCCAAUUAA